AUGGUCGAUGCAAAGCUUGGCGACGACUUUGGGAAGAUGACCGCCAAGUACUUGUACAAGCUCUACGCAGAGAAAGGCAUCAUGCUCUGUGUGUGCACGAAGCACUAUGGCGAGAAGACCUCAAGUCCCUUCAACUCGCAUGAAGACCUCCGCUUUGCUCUAGACUACAAGAUUGAGGUAGUUCCUUUAAAGGUGGAGGAGGAAUAUCCCCCAAAGCCUGCCAGUGGAGCGGACCACCCUUAUGACAAGGACAGCGACGCUGACUCCUUGAUAAAGAUGGUUCUGAGGCGCAAUGUCCACUGGCUGGACUGUUUGAGUAAGGAGAAGGCGCUCAAAAGCGUCGACUGGAUUGCCAGGGAGAUCGCCAAAAGGCUUUUGGGAGGUCAAGCUGAUGCCUCAGCUUGGGACAUAGCGCCUAUCAGCAGCAUCCCCAGCCUGGUUCAGCAUCUGGCAGGGGGAACGCCUGAAAUGCAGAAGGAUGCUGUCAACAAGCUCUGGCGCAUGGCAGAUGACAAAGGCCAGGAAAUGGUGCAAUGCGGCGCCAUCACACCCUUAGAUAAGGCAGCGCAGCUACUUUGUAUUUUGGCUAAGAGCAAUGCCGACUGUAACCUUGCUGACGAAGAGGAUGCCAUCCAGGGGCUGAUGGAGAUCUUGAAGGAGCGCAUCUCCGAGAGCAGCACAUCCAGAACUAGGGACCUGGUGUUGGAAGUUUUUUGCAAAUUGGCUGACAACAGCGAUGGCAGGAAGGAGAUUGCGAACUAUUGUGACGUGGACGAUCUUCUGAAAUUCCUGAGGACCAGGAACAAAAAGCCGAAGGAGCUAGCAAUGGAGCUGGCUGCUGUGCUACUCCACCAUUUGUACUACAAACGGGAUGCUGACAAACCUGCCAUCGCAGCCGCCAUUGCAAGCAAGUCGGGCAUUCCACCCUUGUUGGAGCUGAUGAAGCGCGAAAUUCCACCAGAAGCUGUGACCUUACUUGUCAAGCUGUCAGACCACAAGGAAUGCCAGGCUGCUUUUGUCCAGGGUGAUUGCAUUGCGGCGUUGAUGGAGGCGGUGCUCAGCAGCAAAGUCAAGACUUCCACGCGCGACUUCAGCGUCGAGAUUCUGCACAACCUGGCACGUGGGAGCAAUGACUGCAGAAAGGCCAUAAUCCCAGAGUUGACACAAGAGCUGGCAGGGGACCACAAGAACGCUGCUGCAGGAGCUUUGAGAAUUUUGGCAACAGACUGCCAGAGCAAGGUUGCCAUCCUCAACGCCAAGGCUAUCCAGCCCCUAGUUCGUCUUCUCUGUGAGGGUGACGAGACUGGGAAGGAGCGUGCAGCGGGGGUUCUGCAGGCCUUGUCUAUGCUCGAUGACAACGGCAAGGAGGACGUCGCAAAAGCUGGCGCGAUCCUGCCGUUGGUGAAUCUCUUGAUGGAAGG